UCUCGUGCUAUGUUUCGGGUCUGUAGGCCCUUGCCUGGACAGAGAGCCUUGCUUUGAAGGCGUGACCUGUCAGAACAUAGACAGCGCCACCUACCGGUGCGGACCGUGUCCUCCAGGCCUCAGCGGGGACGGCGUCACCUGUGUUGACAUAGAUGAGUGCUCCUUGGCAAGCCCAUGCUUCACCAAUGCCACCUGUGAAAACUCUGACCCAGGGUACCAGUGUGGAAAAUGCCCUGUGGGAUACACGGGGGAGAGUUCCCAUGGAUACGGACUGGAGCAUGCGCAGAACAGCCCACAGGUUUGCUUGGACAUUGACGAAUGUGACGUUGACAACGGCGGAUGCCACGAGUUCGCAGAGUGCAUCAACACGCCGGGAAGCUACAGAUGUGGCAACUGUGUUGAAGGUUACAUCAGCGACAUCUACCUGGGCUGCAUCCCGGAAGACUUGUGUCAACUCGGCAGGCACAACUGUAGCAGCAACGCCACCUGUCUGUCUCUGGGGAACGGCAAGUUCAGAUGUGGAUGUGAGACAGGACAGGGCGGAGACGGUUACCGCUGCAGCAGGGACACAGACCAGGACGGCUGGCCGGACGAACCGCUGUCAUGUCUCACGAGGAACUGCGCACAGGACAACUGUCCCAAUGACCCGAACAGUGGGCAGGAAGACAAUGAUGGGGACACGAUGGGUGACGUGUGUGACCCUGAUGACGACAACGACGGGCGGAUGGAUAUAGAGGACAACUGCAUCUUUGUGGCCAACUGGGACCAAGUAGAUACAGAUGGUGAUGGGUACGGUGACGUGUGUGACACGUGUCCUGGCAUAGCCAACCAGGAUCAGACCGACACAGACGGAGAUGGUGUUGGGGACGCCUGUGACAAUGAUGACGAUGGCGACGGUGUUGAUGACACCACCGAUGUGUGUCCCAACGUGAACGACACGCAGGCUGACACAGACGGUGACGGGGUGGGGGACGCCUGCGAUAACUGUCCUACCGACCCUAACCCAAACCAGGAAGAUGCAGACAUGGACGGAUACGGGGACGCCUGUGAUGGGAGCGACAAAGAUGGCGAUGGUGUUGUCAACACAGUUGAUAACUGUCCAGAUAUCACGAAUCCAGAACAAACUGACACAGACAGUGAUGGCAUAGGUGACGCGUGUGAUGACGACAUUGAUAAUGACGUCAUGCCGAACAAUCAGGACAACUGUCCCUAUGUCUCAAACACUGGCUGGGAGGACGCAGACGGCAACCAUGUCGGUGACGCAUGUGAAUACGACUAUGACGGUGACGGUGUCCCGGAUGUUGACGACAUAUGUCCGAAGCUCGCCAGCUAUCACGUGACUAGCUUCACCAAUCACGUCUCCGUAAACCUCGAUGGUGGGACCGCUCCAGAUUGGGAAAUAACAGACAAUGGAAGAAACAUUCGUCAGCUCAGUGACACAGACAGCCCUGUCCUUUUGAUAGGUACGUCACAGCACAUGACACAUCAUCCAUGA